UAGGCAGGCAGGCAGGGCUGCCUGCAUUAUUUUCUUCUCCCCUACUUUCUCGAGUACAAAUUAAUGUGGCGAAACAGCAAUAUCAAUUUCCUUUACUCGCGGAAAACAACUGGCAGAUGAGCGCCGCAUUGUUCAAUAUCUCAUAUUUUCUGGCUAUACAUUAAUGUGGUCAAGCAGCAAUCGCAAUUUCGUAAUUCCUAUACCAAGAAAAAACAAACCGCAAAUAAUACACGACCCGAACCCAGAUUGUAUUUUCCCUACCUAUUCGUAUAAACAGGUCGAGAAAGACGAAAAUGGAAGUCUGAAGGUCUCAACCGGCAUUCUAUUCGCAUCUCUCAAAGUGACUUUCUCAAUCUUUUUUGCUUUUAUAUUUUCUUUUUGUGUUCCCCUCUAGUUAAGUUCCCUACGGCAAUAAUAUACGGAGGAAUAAAGAUAUAUUGGUACAUGUGUGUAAGCGUUUCUAUUUAUGGCGUCAUUGCAUUGUCAUUAUUCUCCUCUUCGCAUUAGCCCGACUUCUAAUACUAGUUCUUGCUCCUCAUCGCCUUAUUGCUCUUCGCGUCCUUCUUCCAAUUCAGGGUUUCGCCCAAAAUUCAUCAGACUUUCCGACAUGAACAAUAUGUGGAAAAGUCUAAGGCUUAAAGCUUUUGCUAUGAAUACAACUCAAGGAUGCAUUGCAUCGCAAAGUAGCACAAAUGAUUUGGAAUACGAGCCUGAACAUCUUCUUGUCCUUGUUCACGGCAUCAUGGGAAGUCCGGGUGACUGGACUUAUGUACAAGCAGAGCUGAAGAGGCAACUCGGAAUAAAUUAUUUAAUAUAUGCAAGUUCCUGUAACACCUACACAAAAACAUUUACUGGGAUAGAUACGGCUGGAAAACGACUAGCAGAAGAAAUCAUGCUAGUUGUGAAAGAGAGGAGGAGUGUGAAAAAGAUAUCAUUUCUAGCCCAUUCUCUUGGAGGACUGAUUGCAAGAUAUGCCAUUGGUGCUCUUUACACUCCUCGGGUCAUAUCCAGUGACGUGUCUGAUGUAAAUAAAGAGCCAUUGUACUCUCCAAAUAAAGGAUUGAUUGCUGAGUUGGAACCUUUAAGUUUUAUUACGUUAGCAACCCCACAUCUUGGUGUGAGAGGCAAGAAUCAGCUCCCAUUUCUCUUUGGUCUCUCCAUAUUGGAAAAACUUGCUGCACCAAUAGCUCCCAUUUUUGCUGGUCAAACUGGUAGCCAGCUCUUCCUUACUGAUGAAGAACCUGAUAAACCGCCUCUUCUGUUAAGAAUGGCAUCAGAUUGUGAAGAUGGAAAGUUUAUAUCAGCACUUGGAGGGUUCAGAUGCCGCAUUGUUUAUGCUAACAUCUGUUAUGACCAUAUGGUUGGCUGGCGCACUUCCUCCAUAAGAAGGGAGACCGAACUUAUUGAGCCAUCUACACGGUCUCUAGACGGUUACAAACAUGUUGUACAUGUGGUACAUUGUCCUGCUGUUUCAUCUGACGGACCACAUUUCCAUCCAGAAGCAACUAGGGCAAAGGAGGCUGUUCAAAAUGAACCGACCACACAGAACACAUUAGAGUACCAUGAUAUUCUUGAAGAGGAAAUGAUACGCGGCUUGCAACAACUGUGGUGGAGGAAAGUUGAUAUUAACUUCCAAUCUGCGCUUUUCCCCUUCUUUGCUCAUAAUAAUAUCCAUGUGAAGAGUGAGUGGCUUCAUAAUGCUGGAGCUGGAGUAGUUUCUCAUGUCAUAGACAGCAUAAAAGAACAAGAAACUGACGACACAUUUUAUGCUUGUAGCUCUUGUGAUUCAACACAUUAGUUUUAACUCACAUACAUGAUUUCUUUUUCCUGUUAAACCUGUUUUGCUCCUUUACCAAAACAUAAAUAUACAACUCCCAAAGGAACAUGGCAUUGGGCGUGUAAGUAUGCUUGAGCUUCACCUAUGCUGUUCCCACCCCUAAAAUCUAAAUACUGUCUUUUGGCAUUUAUCUAUAUGACUCCAUUACAUCUAAAAUUAGCAUCUUUGAGUCCAGAAACAAUGUAUAAUUGUCUGUACAUUCGCUCAGAUUCAUGCUCUCUUU